AUGGUGGAAUCAGGCACCAUUUCGCGUACCAGCCCGGGUUCGACGUCGAUCGUUGCAACGGGAGGCGUUCGGAAUGGCAUUCUAGAAACGAGAGUGCGAGGAGCAUGGUACCGGGUGUCCGUCAGUCUCGAGACGGAGUACAUAUCGGUCAGCUUAGACGAAGCUUGCGAUCCGAUCGAUCACUCAACCACACUGAACGGGACACUAGGGAGCAACCACAGCGGCAACAAUGGCUCGAACAACUCCUCCCAGCCGUCAUCGGCCGGUGCCUCCGGACCGUCGAUCCACUCAUCGGAAAACCUGAGCGUCGGCAUGAACGCGUCCACGCCGCUGACAGCCAACGGCAGUGUCAGUCUACCGAACGGGAUGGCAGCACCAGGGUCGGCCUCGGGUGCCGGCGGUGGCUUAAAUGGCGAUAAUUUCCUCAACAACAACAGCGGCAGCAACGGCACCGGAACCAGCAACGGGAGUAGCACGAACGGCACCAACGGCAACGGCCACAGCAAUGGCAGCGCGCCCGGUACCAACAACAACCACAGCAGCAACAACAACAGCAUUGACAACGGCAUCGCCGAGAUCUGCGACGUGCCCGAUUCGGUGGCGAACCAGAAACGACACGUACGAGUCAUCAAGUCGGACAACAACGGGCUCGGCAUCUCUAUAAAAGGAGGCCGCGAAAACCGGAUGCCGAUAUUGAUCUCGAAAAUCUUCCGCGGCAUGGCGGCCGACAACGCGAAAGGACUGUACGUCGGCGACGCAAUCCUGUCCGUCAACGGGGAGGACCUGCGGGACGCCACGCACGAGGAGGCAGUGAGGGCCCUCAAACGAGCCGGCCGUGUCGUCGAUCUUGAAGUGAAAUUUUUGCGUGAAGUCACACCCUAUUUUCGUAAGGCGAGUAUAAUCUCGGAAGUAGGAUGGGAACUACAGCGAGCCUUUCUGUGUCCUCUCGGCCCGAACGCAUCCUCACCGCCUGGAGUCGCUCCACGAAGCCCACCCAGAGCUGACACGCGCUAUAUCCCGCUCCAGCUGACACAUUUAGCCCGCAACCUCAAAUACCACGAUCCUGAAAACCGCUGCAUAGAGCUGCAUUCACCGGAUGGCAUCCAUUCGUGCAUCUUACGAGCGAUGGACCCCCAGGAAGCGACCACAUGGUUCAACGCGCUGCACUCCGCCAUUGGGAAGAGCACUCAGAAGGCGCUGUUGGAUGCAAACCGAGCACUAGUAUCGAUCAUCGGCGAACUGAAGCACAUUGGCUGGUUGAGCCGGCGGAGCGGUGGCGAGCAGAAUGGCCGUUCCAGCUCCGAGAGCUCCGACGAGCUGGACAAAUGGCAAUCGAUUUUCGUUGCAGUAACCGAUCGAGAGCUGCGCCUGUACGAGAGUGCCCCCUGGUCAGUGGAAGCGUGGGGCAGACCAUUCGAGAGCUGUCCCCUGGUGGCCACUCGCUUGGCCGGCGCCGGUAACACAUCCACCGUGAGCUCCAACUCGAGCACACACUCGAGCGUGUUUUGCAUCCGGUGCGGUACGACGCGAGGAGUCGUCAGCCACUGGCUGCGUUCGGAGACGAAUCGGGACAUGGCGUCGUGGGCCCGAGUACUGGUGCAAGGCUGCCACAACGCCAUCAUCUGCCAGCGAGAGUUUUCCUUCCGAUGUCUGUUUCAGGGACGCCCUUGUCAAUUAAUCGUGCACCUGGACCGCGGAUUUACGCUGCUGGACAGUGGUCUCGGCCCGGCAUCGAAAUCCCUCUGGACGUUCCCGUUCGACAAGCUGAAAGGCUCAGCCGACGAUGGCAACAAGUUGCUGUACCUCGACUUCACCGGCACGGAGGACGGUGCGGAACUGGAGCUGGACAUGGAGUGCUGCCCCAAGCCGGUCGUAUUCGUGCUCCACAACUGCCUGUCGGCGAAGGUGCACUCACUAGCGUAA